UCUUUCAUUUCCAAUCUUGUUUCCGGCAAUGGGCAUUUGGUGUGCUCAAGUGUUGACAUUUUGUAGGUGCCUUUUAUCAUUAAAUCAUUAUGCUACCUUCCAAAGUUUGCUUGCAGCAUCAGUAAUUCAUAUUGUGGUCUGCAUGAUUCUAUCACGGGUCUAGAGGACCAAGGAGUGGUGGAAACAUCUAGUGCUGUAGCUUCUGGUUUGGACAAGACCGGAAUAGAGCAGCUUCUCUUUUGGCUGUGAGCUUCGUCCCUCUCUUGUGAUCGGUGAUCGCCGGAGUCGCCCGCGCCCCCACCCACCAGAUUCCCUUUCCAACCGGGAGAGUGGACUGCGGCGCCAAAAAUGGAGGCGGCCGUUGUCGCCGUCUUCGCCGCUGAUCUCUGCACCGCGACGGACCACAUCGUGGGCGGCAACCACGGGUGGAACACCCAACAUCAACUACUCCCUGUGUCCGGCAACCAGACCUUCUACAUCGGCGACCUCAUCUCGUUCCGGUACCAGAAGGGGACGCGCAACGUGUUCGAGGUGAACAAGACGGGGUACGACAACUACACCAUGGCCGGGGUCGCCGGCGACUGGGCCUCCGGCAAGGACUUCAUCCAGCUCCCCGAGCCCCGCCGCUACUACUUCAUCAGCGCCAAUGGCUUCUGCCAGCAAGGCAUGAAGUGCGCCGCUGCGUUGCUGCCUAGUGUUGGGACUUCGGAGCUUGAUUCCCAGCAUUCUUUGAUGUGUCUCACAAAACCAGGUCCAACAGCCAACACGCCAUGUAUUAUACAGGUUGUGACGACUCUGAAGACUAGGAAGAAAAGAAUAAACCCUAUAAGAGAUUGUCGAAUAGAAAUAUAGAAUGCCUUUCUUAUAUAUACACCACUUGCUAAUCCUUGUCGAUCGCCCACCACCGGUUAGAGCUCCACGGCACGGUGAGCCUACUUCAAUGGGUCG